GCCAGGGUAUAUACCACGGUGAUAAUCGAACUCAUCUCUCCCUCUCUCUCAUACUCCAUUGCAAUGAUCAAUCACUCUCUCAUACUCCAUUGCAAUGAACAAUCAUCAAUACCCCUCUCCCUGUUUCUCUCACACUCCAUUGCAAUGAACAAUCAUCAAAUACCCCUCUCCCUGUUUCUCUCACACUCCAUUGCAGUGAUCAAUCAUCAACACACCUCUCUCCCUCUCUGUCUUUGUCCUUCUCUCUAUCAUACUCCAUUGCAAUCAUCAAUCCUCAAUAGGGGUGGCAAUGGGAUGGGUACGGGUCGGGUCAUGUUCGACUUGAACUCAAACUGAAAUAAUAUUCAGGUUCAGGUUUUGGACCCAGAGCUGAUCCGUCAGAUCGAAAGACCCAUACCUGUACUCAUUGUCGAAUCCAUUGCUAUGAGUUUUUUUUCUUUGUCCUCUUUUUUAUUAUUAUAUACCUAUAUUAUUGACAACAAGGUCACAAGCAACCACCACUAGAUUUCAGGCCAUAUGAUUUGUCGGUAAAUACGACUACUAGUUCUUAUUGUAUACCAUCCUUAAACCCGGAUCCAAACCCAUGUACAAAUAGUAUCCGAGUUCAGAUUUUACACCGGGUGGGUUAAAAAAUUGGAAUUGGAUCUAUAUAGGAACCCAAGGUCGGAUCUACCGUCCCCAGGAUCUGAUCAGGUCCAUUACCACCCCUAAAUUCAUCAAAUACCUCUCUCUGUCUCCUGUGAUCCUACCUGAUCCCAAAUACCUCUCUCUGUCUCCUGUGAUCCUACCUGAUCCAGGGAUCGUGGCGAUGAUGUAGGGGGGAGCUUUUAGUACGGUAAGUUAGCAACGGCGAUAAACACGUGAAUACACGACCUUCUCUCCGCACCCAUGCGUGUACAUUUAUACAACCCAUCUCCUUAAAUCAUAUGUAAUUAUCAUCCACAUCCCACGCUAUGAACUGUAACUCCCCACCAUCAUACGGGACCUGUCUCCCACACCUCUCUCUCUCUCUCUCUAACUCUUUCCUACCAUCACAAAUUCUCUCUCCUCUCUCUCUCUUUCAUACCAUCAGAAAGACUCUCUCUCUUCAGAGACACCACUCGCUACAUAAACCUCCUAUUCAUCCAGCCUCCAGGCUCCAUUACACACCUGAAUCCAUGGCUUCCCAUCAUUUCCUCUCACUCCUCCUCAUCCUCUUCUUCCAAGCCACCCCACCCUCUGUUAUAGCAUGCCACAAAGUAGAGAGAGAAGCCCUUUUGAACUUCAAAGACACCAUCACCUCUGAUCCCUCCGGCCUUCUCACCUCAUGGAACUCCUCUACUGAUUGCUGCUCUUCUUGGGCAGGAAUCACCUGCAACUCCAAUGGCCGAAUUAUCAAACUCUCGAGACCGGGCCUCUUCUCUGACGAGGAUUCCAUUACAGACACCUCCAUGUCUGGAAUUCUCUCCCCUUCUCUCUCUAGCCUCUUUUAUUUGCAACUUCUUGAUCUCAGCAACCUCAAAUCUCUCUCGGGUCAUAUACCCGCCGGUUUUUCAAAGCUCCACCACCUUUCCUCUUUCUUACUUGAUUCGAAUUCUCUCAGUGGCCCUCUGCCUUCUUCUCUCUGCAAACUCGUGAACUUGCGGAGACUAUACCUUGAUUCCAACCAAUUCAGUGGCCGCUUGCCUUCAUGUUUUGGCUCUCUGGUUAAAAUCAGAGAGCUGGGUCUCUCUAAAAACCGAUUUUCAGGUAGAAUUUCAGCUGCUUUCAGGUCAAUACAGGGCUUAACCAGUCUCGAUCUCCAUGGAAACCAUUUUUUGGGUGAAAUUCCUAUUCGAAUAGGGCACCUAACCAACCUCACAUACAUGGACCUAUCAGAAAACAAGCUUUCGGGCUCCAUCCCUUACUCCAUUGGAAAGCUAUCAAAUCUUGCUCUGCUUUAUUUGAACAAUAACCAACUUAGAGGGAGCAUCCCUAGCUCCAUUGGGGACAUGGGUUCUCUAAAAUUUUGUCGCCUCUCCGAUAAUCAACUCUCUGGUUCCUUGCCCGAAUCAAUUGGAAAGAUGGGCAGUAUUCAGAGAUUGAUUCUUGAAAAUAACAUGCUUUCUGGUGAAAUUCCAGAGAGUUUAGGCAAUCUCAGCUCUCUCACUGAUAUAUAUUUCUCCAACAACCAUUUAAAUGGCAAGAUUCCGGCGAGUUUAGGCAAGCUUUUGAACCUUCAAGAUCUUGACCUCUCUAGAAACAGGCUCUCUGGUCCUCUACCCCUGCAACUCUCAAAGCUUCAAGACCUGCAAACCCUAGAUUUAUCCUUCAACCCUCUGCAACUUCAUUCGAUUCCUCAAUGGCUUGAAACCCUCGGCCUCUUUCGCCUCAUGCUCGCAAGAACAGGGAUUGAAGGCCCAUUGCCGAAAUGGCUAGCAAAUUCUUCAAUCUCAACCCUAGACCUCGCCUACAACUCUCUCAAAGGCGAGCUUCCUCCAUGGAUAGGCAACAUGAGCAAUCUCGCCUUCCUCAAUCUCUCCCAUAACUUCUUCCAUUCAUCGAUUCCACCACAGUUUCAGAGCCUCGAGCUCUUAGCCGACCUCGACCUCAGUAACAACGGCUUCAAUGGCAGCCUCCAGCCCAUAUUUGGGAAAAAGACCCAAGAGCCCUUAGGCCAUUACAACUCCAUUGAUGUAUCAAGAAACCAUUUCAGUGAAGCUCUGCCCAAAACCAUUGGGGAACUCAAGGUGAUGGACUCCAUUGAAACCCUAAAGCUCUCUCACAACCCAAUUGCAGGAGACAUACCCUCAUCUUUAGGGAAGUUGGGUGCGUUGCAAGUGCUUGAAAUGGAGGAGAACAGGCUUUCUGGGUCAAUACCAAAGGAGCUGGAAGGGACAAAGGAGCUUAGAGUGAUAGUAAUGGCGAAGAAUGAGCUUAGUGGGAGAAUACCUAGCGGGUUGCUGAAUUUACUGAACCUUAGGGUUUUUGAUGUUGCAGAGAACAAAUUGAGUGGACCCAUUCCACCCCAUAACCAGACUUUACCUGCUUCUUAUUUCAAAGGUAAUCAGGAGCUGUGUGAUGCUCCUCUUCCUCCAUGUAAGCAUCAAGCGUGAGAUAACUGUAAAAGCAAAGAGAAUGAAACCCAAACAGCAAAAGAAAACCAGAAUGGUUUCAGUGACUUCAAGAAUUUUAAACUCAGAUUGAUUUAUAGCAUGGGGAAGGCAAUACCAUGCACCAGCGGGUAUAGGUUAGCAAAUGGGUUCCCCAUCGUCCAUUAGUAGAAUGGACGGUGGAUGCAUGGCCCUUUGAAUAUGGAAUUCCACGGAGCAUAAGGUAUUGGCAU